CGCUUUUUGUGAUUUUUUUUAUAUAUAAAAAAAGCUAUUCCUUUCUUUCUGUAAAAUCCAGAAGAAGAAGAAGAAUCCUUGAUUCAUAAUUUCAUUGUCACUGUCUUUGCUUCUUCUUCUUCUUUUUUCCAAUUGAUGAAUUCAAGGCAACAAGUUCUUUGAGGGUCAGGGACUUGCCUAAAAAGUAAACAUGCCUUUUCUUUAAUCUGUUUUCUUCCAUCAUCUUUUCCCUCACUUUUGCCUCUUCUGAUAUUCCAUUUUUAAAAACUUCCCAUUCCUUGAAACAAUAAAUAAAUAAAACCUUCAUUUUUUGGUUUCUUUCUCGAAUCUUCAAUGAGAUCUUGAGUGGUAUCCCAAAAUACUUCAAAAUUUUGAAAUUGGGUCAUCGAAUUUGAGACCAAAAUCUUGUCAAAAUAAAAAAUAAUCAAAUAUAUAUAACCUAUAAUGUCAUGGCAACAACACCAUGUAAGAUAAGAAAACGAGAUUGUUCAUCUUCUUCUCCAUCGUCGUCGUCAUCAUCUUUCAUCCAAAAAUACAGAUUCAAGCGUGCAGUUUUGGUGGGAAAAAAGGCAGGAUCAACGACCCCUGUUCCUACAUGGAUAACGGCUACAACGAAGUCGCCGUCAUUAGCAAUGCCAAGCGCUGAAUUUCCAUCAAAGAUUGUUGCCCAAACCAAAGAAGCCUCAGUUUCUGCUAGAAAACUUGCUGCCACUUUGUGGGAGAUUAAUACAAUCCCUUCCCCACAACCUAAGGAAGUAUUGGCGAAGAAAGAUAAGAGGAGAAAAGCUUGUAGAGUUGCAAAAAUGGCUCAUACUUUGGCCCAAAAUUUGUCUGAUCCGUCCUAUAGUCCUUUUUCAGAGAAGAUGGAUGGAGGCAGAGUCCAAUCUCAUAGGAGAAGAGCUUCAAUUGUUUCUCAAAAGCUUCAAGUAACUGAUUAUAAGUUGGGGAGCUUGGGCCCUGUUGGCAGUGGUAGUUUCAUGGAGAUUGAAACUCAUUCUAAAGGCAAAAAUCAUGGCGGAUGCAUAAUUGGAGUUAGAGCUCGUUUAAAGGAUGUGAGUAAUGGCUUAGCCACUUCUAAAGAACUACUUAAAGUUUUGAAUCGAAUUUGUGGUCUCGAAGAGCAACAUACGACGAGCAUGUCUUUGGUCUCAGCAUUACGUGUUGAAAUUGAUCGAGCUCGAAUCCAUGUUGAUCAAUUGGUUCGAGAGCAACGAUCCAACCGCAAUGAAAUCGAGCACCUCAUGAGGCAUUUUGCGGAGGAAAAGGCCACUUGGAAGAGGAAAGAGCGCGAGAGAAUCCACAAUGCCGUUUCGUGCAUUGCCCAAGAGCUUGAGGUGGAGAAGAAACUCAGGAGGCAAACUGAGAGAUUGAACAAGAAACUUGGAAAGGAAUUGGCUGAUACCGCAGCAUCACUGUCCAAGGCAAUGAAGGACCUCGAGAGUGAGAAGAGGGCGAAAGAGAUACUGGAGCAAGUCUGCGACGAGUUGGCUCGAGGCAUUGGAGAAGAUCGAGCCACAGUCGAAGAACUGAAACGAGAGUCAGCUAAAGUGAAGGAAGAAAUUGACAAGGAAAGGGAAAUGCUUCAGUUUGCUGAUGUAUUACGAGAGGAGCGAGUCCAGAUGAAGCUCUCUGAAGCUAAAUAUCAUUUCGAGGAGAAGAAUGCAGUCGUCGAAAAGUUGAGAAAUGAACUUGAGACCUACCUAGGAAACAAACUAGACGAAGAAAAUGGUGAUGGUUCACCGAAUCUGCAGAGAAUCAAAGAGCUCGAAGCUUAUUUGAAGGAGAUUGAUUUUGGAUCCUGUCAAAUAGUCGAGAAAGAUGUAGAUAAAAUCAAUGUUACGAACGAGGAAGAGUGCCAAGGAGAUGAUUCAGCUGAUAGUGAUCUUCACUCCAUUGAAUUAAACAUGGACAACAAUGACAUGAGCUACAAAUGGAGCUAUGCUUACAGAGAUUAUGUCGAAGAUGGAUCGAAGAAAACUUGGGUCGAAAAAGAAAGCAAGGGAAGGAAAUCACUUUCUGAGAUGAUUUCAUGGGGAAGUAUUUGCUUAGAAAGAGGAAACUCAAACUCUAAAGAUUGGGAUUUUGAACUCGAAAUCCCAGAAAAGUUCGAGAGGGAUGGGACAUACAAUCCACCGUCGCAAGUCCAGGCACAGGAUUACGAAGACGAGAUUAAAAGAUAUAGAUCAGUUAAGAGUCUAAGAGAUCAUAUAUUACAUAGUAAUAAAAUAGCUCCCAUCCAAAGUUUUCCUAGUCCGACCAGGCAAUGGAGCCAUUUCGAGACAGGCUCGCCGGUGUCAAAGGGGGGUGUUUCGAAGCCCAAGCUCAUCGGUACAAUAAGUGAAGGCCGAACUUCAACAAGCUAAGAUAGAAGAAACUUGUUAUUUGUUUGUUUGUUUUUUUUCUUUAGCUCUCAUUACCGAUGGCUUUGUUGCAUUUUCUUGAAAUUCAAAAGCUGGUUUUUGCUGCUUAUGUUUUUAAUCAUUUGCCAAACUUGGGAAAAGCUGAAACUGUAAAUUAACCUUGUGAAUUUAUGGAUAUUUAUAAAGCAUAAAACAAUUAUGGGGUUCAUAAA